UCUCAGAGGUGGCGGCCCCGACAGCCCCAAGGUGCAGACGAAAAAGUGCACCACUCGCCUCGCUGCCGCAGCCCUGCCGACCCGAUCCCAGCACUCAGCCAUGAUGAGAAGAGGCCUCCAGGUGGCAGCAAGACCUAGCCACCACGGAGCCCUUCCUGGCGGCCCCUACAUCCUGCCCACGUUCAGCCCUGCCUCAGCAUUCGGAUCCUCCAUGGACUCCCUGGUCUCAAGAUUCUGUCAGGAGAAGACAGAUUUGAAGAAUUAUGCCCUCCCCAAUGCCAGCUGGUGUCCAGACAUGCUGAACCUGUACCACGAAUUUCUGGAGAAAACUAAGGCCGAUGGCUGGAUCAGACUGCCCUCCUUCAAGUCCAACAGAAACCACAUCCAGGGGCUCAAGCUCCCAUUAGUGUUAACAGUUUCCUCAGACAAAAGUGACUGUCACAUCUUCACCAGGUGUACUGAAACGGAAGGACAAAGCUACGAGUAUGUCAUCUUUUUCCACCCAUCCAAGAAGAAGUCUGUCUGUCUUUUCCAACCAGGCCCCUACCUGGAGGGGCCCCCAGGGUUUGCCCACAGAGGGUCACUGGCAGCCAUGAUAGACGAGACCUUCUCUAAAACUGCUUACCUGGCUGGAGAGGGGCUGUUCACACACAAUCUCAACAUCAGGUUCAAAAACUUGAUCCGUAUGGGCUCUCUGGCUGUGCUGAACGUUGGCAUGGAAAAGGUUGAGGACCAGAAGCUUUACAUAUCCUGCGUCGCCCAGAGCACGGACCAGCAGACCAUUUACACCAAAGCUUCAGGUACUUUCCUCCAGCUGCAGCUGGAAGAGGAUUCAUCUCAAUACUACACACUAUGCCUUCAGGAGAGCCUACUGCCAACCGCCUUGCCUACCUGGGACACACUCCAGAGCAGCGGGGGGUGUCCGGGAAGUAACUGGUGA